UGUUUAAAUCAUGGAUGAACAAAACAUGCAAGCGAAUGCUUCUCACCCAGGAAAAAAAUUGCCAGCUGGGCAUCCCCCUCAGUAUCCAUCGGCUGCAUUUCAAGGACCUCCAGGACAUACUGGCUACCCUGGACCCCAGCCUGUCUACCCUGGACCCCAGCCUGGCUACCCUGGACCCCAGUCUGGCUACUCUGGACCCCAGCCUGGCUACCCUGGACCCCAGUCUGGCUACCCUGGACCCCAGCCUGGAUACCCUGAACCCCAGCCUGGUUACCCUGUUCUACCAGCCAGCUAUUCAGGUGCUGGCCCAGCUGGCUUUUCUGUCCAAUAUAAUCAGCCCAGUGGACCUGCAGGGGCACCAUGGAUGCCAACACCACCACCUCCUCUGAACUGUCCACCUGGAUUAGAAUAUUUAAGUCAGAUAGAUCAAGUACUAAUUCAUCAGCAAAUAGAACUCCUGGAAGUCUUAACAGGUUUUGAAACUAAUAACAAAUAUGAAAUUAAGAACAGCCUUGGGCAGAGGAUUUUCUUUGCAGCAGAAGAUACUGAUUGCUGUACCCGAAAUUGCUGUGGGCCAUCUAGGCCUUUUACCAUGAGGAUUGUUGAUAAUACAGGCCGAGAAGUCGUGACNUAA